AUGAGCGCGGCUAAGCCCAAGCGUAUUAAGUUCUCGGACGAGGAGAAAUUCCUCAUCCUGGAGGAGUUCAGCCUCCGCAAGGACAUCCUCAUCCCCAAGAGCGGCCGCUACCGCAACACGCAGGACCGGCAACGCGCGUGGGAGGAGAUCGCGGCCGCCGUCAAUGCGCUGAGCCCGGUGGUGCGGCGGACGGCCGAGGAGAUCCGCAAGAAGUGGCAUAACAUGGUGCUGGACGCGCGCCGGGAGCUGGCCGCCGACAAACACCCGCUGAGCACAGCCAAGCGGUGCCGGGACAGGCACCUGGAGGAGGCCCUGCAGGUGGCACGGAAGUUGGGCGAGGAGCUGCGGGCGCUGGGCGAGACGGAGGUGCGACCGCUGCUGCGCUGCGUCCUGGCCUUCCAGCUGGAGGCAGCAGGCAGCUCCAGCGCCUUCCAGAAGCUGGAACAGAUUGUGACCCAGCUGGCCGUGGGCCAUAAGGCUGUGCUGGCACAGGAGGUGGGCAUGCUGCUGGCCGGGCUGGCACCACACGGAGAGGUGCUGUCCUCUGAGGACCUUCAGGCAGUAUGCAUGUUUGUAGAGGAGAGCAGCCUGGGCCGUCACCACUGGCAGCAGAACAUGGCCCCACUCCUGCAGCACCUGGCCCACACCCUGAGCUACGUGUUGCAGGGCCAAGCGGCACCAAGUGGCACCUGGAGCUGCCUGGCUGUCAAGGCCUGCCUCCAGCUCUUCCAGAUGAUGCCAAAAGAUGUGGCCCCACUGGUUUGGAAUGCAAUAGCAAAGAAUGAAGCCCUGCAGCGCAUCCUGGAGCUGCUGCUGGAGGCAGUGGCAGGGAAGGCUCUGAGCAAGGAUGUGCGGCUGCUGGCAGGCACGGCACUCAGCAUGCUGCUGAACACAGCCCCACUGCCUGAGAGUGGGGCCAGAGCUGCACUCGCCCUCUUCCAGCUCAUGGACAGAGGUGCAGGGGAGCUGAGAGUUGGGGAGCUGGCAGUGGAGGCUCACAGCAUCCCAGAGUCAGACGGGCUGGAGAGGCUGGCACUGAGCAGGGGGCUGCUGACAUGCUGCCGUGCGGACAUCCUCUGCUGCCGUCUGGAGGGCAGCACCUGCCAGGCCUGCCUGCUGCUGGAUGUGCUCUUCCCCACCGUGUGUGCCCUGAGCAAGGAGCAGAAGGACUGCCACUACCACUGCUUCCAAGUUCUGGUGCUGUGGCUGCGGCGUGUCCAGGAGAACCUUCCUGAGCUCUGGCACCUGCAGGGCAGCCGCCUCCUGGCCAAGGAUGCCAAGCUGCUGCAGGAGCUCGCCCAGCUGUUAUGGGACAAUGCCGAGGCCCCGGUGGAAGGUGUAUCUGAGUUCAUCCAGAGCUCCUUCAGACUCCUGGUGGAGAUCUACCACCUGGAAUGCCAGCACUUUGAGGACCAGGAGAGACCCCUCUACCAACAGAUGCUGCAGAGGGCAGUCUCAAUGCCGUGGCAGAUCAAGGCCAGAUACGGGUGCCCCGUGUGUGCCAUUGUCCCCUAUGUGGGCAGCCAGCAGGUGCUGGACGCCUGCCCCAUGCUGCAACAGCACCUCCUGAGCUGCCUGGCUACCAACCACCUGUGCCCCAUGGCCGCCGAGAUGUACAGGGCCCUGGUUCGGCAGCAGUGCUCCCAGGGGCAGGGUGACGAGCAGGCCGAGCUCUGGGCACAGCACUGGCUGCCACUCUUCAGCAAGGCGCUGCGCUCACCCCUGCCCAUCCUGCACGGCAACGCCACCAACCACCUCCUGCCUUGGACGCUGCGGCAGCUCCCAGCUGCUGGCGCACUGCUGGCUGCUCAGUUCAGUGGUGCGGACGCAGCUGCACUGCGGGCCUGGGUGUCACUGCUGCGGGUGCAGAGGAGCGCAGCUGGGGUCACAUCACUGCAGGCCGAGGAGGUAGCACGGCUGCGGGCCUGCCUGCGUGCCCGUGAGGAAGGAGUGCGGCUGGCAGCACUGGGACUGCUGUGCGGCGGCCCUGGGCACAGCUUGGCAGACACUGAGGAGCGGCUGCUGCGGGAGUUCCUGCCCCUCAACCUCAACUGCCACACCUCUGCCUUCCGGCAGCUGCUGCAGGCAGCCCUGAGGAAGGUGCUGGGGCGGCUGCGGGACGGUGCGCUGGCACGGCUGCGGGGGAAGGACCCCAAGGAGCUAAGGGGCGAGGGAGUGGGACAGCCGGCACGGGCUGUAGACUUUGUGGAGUGGCUGCUGCAGCUUUGCAUCUCCUCGCUCAUCCCCUGGGCCAACUAUCAGAGGAAGAAGACGGCUCUGCUCCUGCUGACGGCCAUUCUGGAGACCUGUACAGACACCUGGAGCCCUGAGAGGAAGAAAGGACAGCCCCCGCGGACGAUGGCCACGCUCUUGGGCCAUGCCAGGCAGAGUGGUUGCUGGGACUUCUUUUCCCAGCCCAACCUGCUGGCACUGCUGGGCUGCCUGCAGGACAGCACCAACGAGAUCAGGGACAUGGCCUCGGAGUUGCUCAUCCGCUACUUCCCUGCAACAUUCCCUGAGACCCUCACUCCAGCACUGCUCCAGUUGGCUCAGGAUGCCCUCAGCAGCCCCCGCGUGCAGGAGGCCGAAGUCGGAGCUGUGCUUAUGAAGACAAUCCUGCAGAAGUCAGACAGCAGCACCCUGAAGCUCCUGGCCCUGGAGGCCAACACAGCCCAGACACUGACGAACCGCAGCCUGUACUUCGCCCAACACCUGCUGUGGGUGCUGCAGGCCCAACUUGCCACAGCUCAACAGAACUUGCUGCAGGCAGCAGCUGUAGCACCAAUGCAUGGUGUGCUUGCAGCCCUGCGGAGGUGCCUGCUACAGGUGCCUGAGGUGGUCACCUGCAUGCAAACAGCAGAGUCAGCACAAGGCUGGCAGGAGUUGCUCAGCAGCCUGGUGGGCACUGCAAGGGACAUCACCUCCCUGCUGCUGGGGGCUUUGCAGAGUCAGCAGGGGCCUGAAGCUGAGCAGCAAGUGGCUGCCCCAUCAUUUGCAGACAUGGGGAAUGCAAUUGGCUCACUCAUUAUGCUGGGGAAGGGCCAACAGGAGGAGGAAGAGGACUCAGUUCUGCUGUCAGAGGAGCACAGUUUGAUCCUGACCUGCUGUUGGGUGUCAGUGAAGGAAGUCGGGCUGCUGCUGGGAGGCCUGGCUGAGCUGCUGCUGUCAUCCCCUGGAACAAAGCACCUCCUGCCAUUUGCUAGCCUGCAGACAGCUGCAACAGUCUUCCAAGAGAUCCUGCUGCGGUGCCGGCACUGGGGAGCAGUGGAGGGCUGCAGCAUGGGCUUCACCAAGUUCUGUGCUGCUCUGCUGAACCACCCUGACACAGAGAUGCAGGCGAUCCCGCAGACCAUACUGGACCAGGGGUUAGAAGCACUGAGUGGACCCCGGAGCAGCUCAAUAACGCGCCGUGCUGCCGGCUUCCCCAUGCUCUUCCUCUGCAUUGUCAGUGGGGAAAACCCAGCCCAGGCACGUCCACUUCUGACCCGCUGCAUCCAGACACUGCUGGGACUGGCCACCAUGGCCCUGCCACAGGACUGGGACCAAACCCUUGACCUCCCACAGGUGUGUGCCCUGCACGUGCUGCAAACAUUGGUGCGCGGUGCAGGGCUGGGCACUGCGCUGUUGCGGCAUGCUACACCAAUGGUGGCCCUGGCACUGCAGGGACUGAGCUCGCCUUGCUGGGCCAUGAGGAACGCGGCCAUCCAGCUCUUCAGUGCUCUCACCACACGGCUGCUGGGCCAGAAGCAGAGCAGCGCUGAGGGCUGCCUGGUGGAGGGGCUGAGCCUGCCCGCAUUCCUGGGGCAGCACCCGCAGCUGGGUGCCGUGCUGCUGGCCGAGCUGGGGGCGGCCGUGCCAGGGGGACCUCACCUGCGCCCUGCACUGCACGCCAUCCUCACACUGCUGGCACAGUUGCAGCCUGGCCCCGAUGACCCCAGUGGCCCCUCCACUCACUUCCUGGAGCCGCUGCUGGAAUUGGCAGGGAGCCCCAUCUAUGCCGUGCGAGCCAUGGCUGCCAAAGCACUGGUUCCUGUUGUCCCACCACCCCAGCGCCCAGCUCUGCUCCUGCACCUGGCCCAGCAGCUUCCUGCACCCGGGGGGGUCAGCUCACACAACGCCCUGCAUGGGCACCUGCUGCAGAUGCGGGCACUGCUGGCCCCCCACCUAGGCACCGACAGGCUGCCUGCUGAAGCCUUGCACCCCGUGGCCCUGCAGCUGGAGGCCCAGGGCUGGCUGCUCAGCCCUGCCCAGCGCUGCCCACUUGUCCGUGCCGCCUUCCUCCAGGUGCUCGCCCUCCUGCCUGGCUCCCUCAGCCCUGGCUUCACACAGAGCAUCUGGGAUGCUGUCAGUGCUGAGCUGGGCAACCUCACACUGGGCAGGGAGCUGGGCUGUGCCGAGCUGCAGGUGGGUGCAGCUGUUCUCCACCAGACUAUGGCCCGCUUUGCUUGCAGCGAGGCAGCCCGACAGACUGACAGCAAGAGAAUCCACACUGUCUGCUCACUUCUGCAACAUCCUUACCCCGAUGUCCACCGUGCUGUGCUGAGCUGGGUGACUGAUGGGAAAAGAGCAGAAUGUGAGGAGCUGGAAAGGGCUCUCCGUCUGACACUGCUGGAGAACUUACAGUCAGUGCUGCAAGACAGAGGGAACAAAGAGUUCCUGAGAUUGUACCUUGAAGCUUUGAUGCAUCUUUGCAGAAGCUGCCCAUCUUGGUCUCGGGAAGCUUCCCAGAAGCUCCAGGGCUCUGCCUUAGUAUGUGUGGAAAUACUGCUCCUUGUGAUGGAGACGGAGCGCCCUGGCCCAGAGCUCCUCUCCCAGGCGCUGUGUGCUGCCAGCCUGCUGCUCACCGUGGGGUUUGGGGAUGAGAAUGUCCUGCUGGUACAGCGGUGGUGCACGAUGCUGGAGGCGUGUGGCCGACCCGUGGCAGAUGAGGUGCUGCGGCUGGCGGCUGCGUGCUCCCUGCAGACAGCAGGCACCGAGGUGCUGCGGCGAUGCCAGGAGGCUUCUUGCCCCUGGCUCGUCCCUGUGGCACUGCGGGUGAUAAACAUGAGCAUUCACCUCCUGCAAGACGAGGACCCUGAUGUACGGCAUGAGGCUGCAGGCUUUGUGAGCCUAGUGCAGCAUGGCCUGGGGCAGUCAGGAGGAGGUGGCUGCAUCUUCGUGCAGGGCAACGUGGGGCUGCUGAGCCUCCUACAGCUCCUCCUGGAUGAGUUUGGGCAUCAUCCCGAGACCUUCGACUCACUGCUACAGCACCUGCCCCAGCCCAACCUCAGGGCCAUCAUGGAGGACCUGGAGGCUGACACCCCUCCCAGCCUGUACAAGGAGGAUGAACCCAAUGUGUUCGCAGAGCCAGCUGCCCUGGCUCAGCAGCUGCUGCCCUUCCUGCUGCAGCUCCUGGAGAAGGCUCCCAGCUCUGCCCUGCGCUGGCUGCAGGCUGCAGGCCCCGGUGUGCUGCAGGACCUGCACUACUGCCAGCAGCGAUGGAGCCACGAAUCAGCCGCGCGUUGCUGGAUGAAGGCGCUGGGCUGUGCCGUGCUGCGUGCUGCCCUGGCCGUGCUGCUGGUCAGGGCACAGCUGGUUGCCCGUGUGCUCCGGGUGCUGGGUGAGGAGCAUGGAGCUGUGCUGGGGUUGGACUGUGGUGCCCAAGAGCUGGAGCAGGAGCUGGCUCUGGUGCAGGGGCUACUGGCACGGCACGGGCUGGGCCCUGCUCCCCGGCAGAGCACUGUGCCGGCAGAGCAGGGAGAAGCACAUGGGGACGGCUGAUGGCUGUGGGCACGGAGCAGUGUCACCGAGCCCUGUCUUUAGAGGGGUCCUGGUUCUCGUGGCCGCGUCCUGACGUUUUUUGUGUGCUCCCUGCAGCGUGGCUGCGGGUACAGGGGUGGAACUCAGGGCUAGCAGGAUGCGUCCACUCCCUUUGUGCCUGGAUGCAGCAGCAGCAGCAGAGGGCAGGGCACAGCGGCAGCUCUCCGUCCCACCGCCAC